AUGCUCGUCCUCCACCCCCACUCCCAGUGCGACGUAUGUCUCGACAACUACACCACCUCCCGGGAGCCCUAUUCCAUCCCGUGUGGGCAUGCUUUCUGUUGGGGAUGUCUGCAGUCGUUAAAACGUCCCAACUGCCCCCUCUGUCGCAAUCCCUUCCAUGACUACGAGAUGCGCAAGGUACACGUCGAUAAGGCGACGCUGCCU